AUGAAGAAGUACGAAAUUGAUCCCCAAUUUCAUCCACGUUUGUCGGAUCCUUGGAAUACCAUUGUUGAUGCUCCGGAGGGAUUUGUCGGUGUGUAUCGAGUGUUUUUGAAGUCUGGUUUGCGGCUUCCAGCGUUCGGCUUCUUGAAAACGGAUCUAAACUACUAUAAUCUACAUAUUGCUCAAAUUACCCCAAACGGGUUUCGGAAGAUUGUCUGCUUUGUGAUGCUAUGUUCUGCCCUGGAUGUUGCGCCUUCUAUCACCAUAUUCCGUCAUUUGUACGUCCCCAUGUCUAACGAAGAUUGGGUAUCCUUAUCUCUCUGUCAUGGUUUGGUAGAGAUUUGUAACGGUCUUCCAACUUCCAUAAAGUAUUAG